UAUUCUGCACUCGGAUAAACCAAUCCCCACCUCUCGGCGCGAAAGUGCGGAGCCGUGACCCGUUUUAGGGAAAGGAAAAAAAAAUCCCUGGAGAGACCCGCUGCACCAGAAAACCUCCCGGGACAUGUGCGAGUGGAAGCGGUGAUCGCUCGGAUCUGAUCUGCCCGGACCCAAAACUAUCCCGGCAUCGCUCUGCCGGGAAGGAGGAAGAGCAGGAGGAGGAGGAAGGGUGGUCGGGAAGACGCAUCGCGAAAGUGGAAGCCCGGGGAAAAGAAAGUUGCCGGGCUGCCCGCAGUAAGUUCCGCGCAUCCGUGGGCUGGGGGGACCGUCCCUUCUUCCCCCGCUCCCCGCGGGGCCCGGGCGAUGCUGCCCCGCACGGCCACCCCCCGCCCCGCGCCCUCGCCCGGCUCGGGGGCGAUGCUGUGCGGCAGGGGCCGGGAGGCCGCUGCAGUGACCCCCGAGCAGCCCCCAGCGCCGCGCUCGGGCCCCACGGGAGCCGCCGCGAUGGGGCCGGCGGCCGGGAACGCCGGCAGGACCGUCCUGCUGCUCUGCUGCCUCAGCCGCUUCUGCGCCGGCAUCAGCUCCAUGGACAUCGACCGCCCCGGCGACGGGAGGUGCCAGCCCAUAGAGAUCCCCAUGUGCAAGGAUAUCGGGUACAACAUGACGAGGAUGCCGAACCUGAUGGGGCACGAAAACCAGAGGGAAGCUGCCAUCCAGCUGCACGAGUUUGCCCCCUUGGUGGAGUACGGCUGCCACAGCCAUCUGAAAUUUUUCCUCUGCUCCCUCUACGCCCCGAUGUGCACGGAGCAGGUUUCUACCCCGAUCCCAGCCUGCAGGGUGAUGUGCGAGCAGGCGAGGCUGAAGUGCUCCCCUAUUAUGGAGCAGUUCAAUUUUAAGUGGCCGGACUCCUUGGACUGCAGCAAACUGCCCAACAAGAACGACCCCAAUUACCUGUGCAUGGAAGCCCCCAACAACGGGUCCGAUGAGCCACCCAGAGGGUCCAGCAUGCUGCCACCCAUGUUUCGUCCCCAGCGGCCCAGCAGUGGCCACGAUCUGCAGCAGCACAAGGACAGCCUCAGCAGAACCUCCUGUGAAAAUCCCGGCAAGUUCCACCAUGUGGAAAAGAGCGCUUCCUGCGCGCCGCUCUGCACUCCAGGGGUUGAUGUUUACUGGAGCAGGGAUGACAAACAGUUCGCUGUCAUUUGGAUUGCCAUCUGGUCCAUUCUGUGCUUCUUCUCCAGCGCUUUCACUGUACUCACUUUUCUGAUAGAUCCUCAGCGUUUCAAGUACCCCGAGAGGCCCAUUAUCUUCCUCUCCAUGUGCUACUGUGUCUACUCGGUGGGGUACAUCAUUCGCCUCUUUUCAGGUGCUGAAAGCAUCGCCUGUGACAGGGACAGCGGCCAGCUCUAUGUCAUCCAGGAAGGGCUGGAGAGCACGGGCUGCACCAUUGUCUUCCUGGUUCUGUAUUACUUUGGUAUGGCGAGUUCCUUGUGGUGGGUGAUCUUGACUUUAACCUGGUUUCUAGCAGCUGGGAAAAAGUGGGGGCACGAAGCAAUCGAAGCAAACAGUAGCUACUUUCAUUUGGCAGCGUGGGCCAUCCCGGCCGUGAAGACCAUAAUGAUCCUAGUUAUGAGAAGGGUGGCUGGAGACGAGCUGACAGGGCUGUGCUAUGUUGGCAGCAUGGAUGUGAAUGCCUUGACGGGGUUUGUACUCAUUCCUUUGGCUUGUUACCUAAUCAUUGGCACUUCUUUUAUUCUUUCUGGUUUUGUGGCCCUCUUUCAUAUCAGGAGGGUGAUGAAAACAGGUGGAGAAAACACCGACAAGCUGGAGAAACUUAUGGUCAGGAUUGGUGUCUUCUCAGUCUUGUAUACAGUGCCUGCAACCUGUGUGAUAGCUUGCUAUUUUUAUGAAAGGCUGAAUAUGGAUUAUUGGAAAAUUGUGGCCACUCAACAGAAAUGCAAGAUGAACAAUCAGACUAAAAAUUUAGACUGCAUGAUGAAUAACUCUAUCCCAGCAGUAGAAAUCUUUAUGGUCAAAAUUUUUAUGUUAUUAGUUGUGGGCAUUACUAGUGGCAUGUGGAUCUGGACUUCCAAGACUCUUCAAUCCUGGCAAAAUGUUUGUAGUCGGAGAUUAAAGAAGAGAAGUAGGAGAAAACCUGCGAGUGUCAUUACGAGCAGUGGAAUCUACAAAAAACCUCAACAUCCACAGAAAACUCACCUUGCAAAAUACGAAUCGACAUUACAACCACCCACCUGUGUGUGAGCAGGUUUUAGAGAAGACUGUAUCUCACCUUACAGACUUACACACGUCCACAGUAGCAGUCAGAAAUUAAAAAAAAAUAAUUAAUGGUGCU